UGGCUUUUCAAGCUCAAAGGUUUUAUCGAGGCUGUGGUGGAUCUAAUCAACGAAGAGGCAGCUUCUCUUCUAGAUAGAGGAUUUCGUCCUGCUGUUGGUCAAAACAAUCAGAUUACUCAAGGUAUGAAUGCCCAAAAAGGUAAGGAGAUCUCAUCACCCUGUCAAAUUUGUGGUAGAAACAAUCAUACUGCUCUUAAAUGUUUCUACCGAUGGGAUUUCUCUUAUCAAGCGUCUGAUGAUCUUCCUCAAGCUCUAGCUGUAGUAAACUUACAAGACACAAAGAAUGAGGACAACACAAUGUAUGUCGACUCCGGGGCUAGUACACAUAUGAUAAAUUCUCCAGGUAACUUGUCCAAUCUUCAGCCUUAUAAAGGUUCUGAUAAAAUUGUUGUUGGUAAUGGUUCAGAACUUAACAUAACACUUGUUGGAAGUGCAGAAGUUUCUGGCUUAAAAAUGCAAGAAGUACUUGUAGUUCCAGAACUUAAAAAUAACUUACUUUUAGUUAGUAAGUUAUCAAAGGAUAAUUUUUGCACGAUUGAGUUUUCUGAAUCAUUUUUUGUUGUAAAGUACAAGGCAACAAGGAAAAUAUUGGCGAUAGGAUCUAAAAGAGGAGGACCGUAUGCUUUGGAUAACAACAACCUUAAGUCCUUGACUGCGACACAGAGGAGUACAUCUAGUAUUUGGCAUGCAAGAUUAGGGCAUCUGAAUUUGAAGCUUUUACAUUUCUUGAGUAACAAUAAGCGUAUCAAUAUCACAUGUUGGAAUAAAACCCCUACUAUAUGUGUUAGUUGUCAAAUGGGCAAAAGUUGUAAGUUACCUUUUGAGCAAAGAAAUAAGAUUGAAAAUGAACCUUUGUUGAAAAUUCAUUGAGAUGUAUAGGGACCUGCACCUAUUGAAUCAUCGCAACAUAUGUUAUAUUAUGUAAUUUUUGUUGAUGAUCAUACUAGGUACACCUGGUUGUAUCCUUUGAAAAAGAAAUCUGAAGUGUUUGCGGUAUUUGUUAAGUUCCAAAGAAUGGUUGAAACUCAAUUUUCAAAGAAGAUUAAAGUUUUUCAAUGUGAUGGAGGGGGUGAAUUCUCCAAAGCUGAGUUUAUUAAUCAUCUAGAAAAUAGUGGAAUUGUGAGGCAUAUUUCGUGCCCGAAUACUCCUGAGCAAAAUGGAGUUGCAGAGAGAAAACAUAGACACAUUGUAGAGACCGGUUUAACACUAUUGUUUCAUGCUAAGUUGCCUCUUUUCUUAUGGGUUGAUGCAUUCUUGACUGCUACCUUUCUUAUAAAUAAGAUGCCCUCAUCGGUUCUCAAGAUGGAAUCUCCUAUUUUCAAAUUAUAUGGAACUCAUCUUGAUUAUAAUAUCUUGAAGGUGUUUGGAUGUUGAUGUUAUCCCUAUUUGAAAGGAAAGUUUUCUCCGAAGACUUAUCCGUAUGUAUUCAUUGGCUAUAGCAAUCUGCAUAAGGGUUAUAGAUGUUUUCAUCCAGUGAGUUGGAGAGUUUUUAUAUCAAGAAAUGUGGUAUUUGAUGAACUAACUUUACCAUAUGUGAAGUCUCAAGAAAAGCAUCAGGAUGUUGCAAGUUCCAUUCAUUUGGCCAUAUUUCAUGAAUUUUUCACUACAUCGUCAGAUUAUGAUGCCUCGAAUUCUUCUAACAACUCCAAUGUGAGCUCUUCAAAUUUUGAAUGCAGGAAUGUAGAUGAGGAGCCCAUUACUUCAGGGGAAGUGUUCACAGGAGGUGAACAAUACAUCAUUGAGCUAGCUGAAGUUAUUGCUGCACCAAAUGAGUCAAAUCAAGUCGUUGUACCAGAUGAGUCGACCAAGGUUGUUGCACCAAGCGAGACUGAAGCUGCUACAUCAAAUCAGUUGACUGAAGCUGUUGUACCAAGUCAAUUGGCUGAAGACACACAACCCGAAGAGGUGCAACGAAGAAAAAGUCAGAGAGAAACAAAAACCCCAAGUUAUCUUGGCGAUUAUGUUUGCAAUGCUGUGAUUGCAAAAAUAGGAGGUGCAUAUGGUGAACCCAAAUCAGUGAAUGAAGCAUUAACUAUCCCACACUGGUACACAACAAUGCAAGAGGAGUUAGAAGCACUCGAUAAAAAUGAAACAUGGAGUCUUGUUCCCAGGAAAGCAGGUAUGAAUGUUGUUGGCUCGAAAUGGGUGUUUAAAAUAAAAUAAAAAAUCUGAUGGAUCCAUAGAAAGGUAUAAAGCACGAUUAGUAGCUAAAGGUUACUCACAACUUGAAGGUAUAGAUUAUGAAGAAACGUUUAGUCCUGUGGUUAAGUCUGCAACAAUAAGGAUAGUUUUAUCACUAGCUGUGAGUUUGCAUUGGCCUAUAAGACAACUUGAUGUUAAAAAUGCAUUCUUACAUGGAUUACUACAUGAAAAAGUAUAUAUGGCACAACUUCCAAGUUUCGUGAAUUCUGAGUAUCCAGAUCAUGUUUGUUUAUUGAAAAAGGCAUUAUAUGGAUUAAAGCAAGCCCCUAGGGCCUGGUUUGAAAGGUUGUCUUUACUUGCUUCAUCUUGGUUUUAGAUGUAGUAGAGCAGACCCUUCUCUAUUUAUACUUCAUUGUAAACAGGGAACAAUUUUGCUUCUUCUCUAUGUGGAUGACAUAAUUGUAACAGGAAGCAAUCAUGAGCAUAUUUCAGAAAUUAUUGGGAAACUAAUGUUGAGUUUGCCAUGAAAGAUCUUGGACCUUUAAGCUUCUUUUUGGGCAUUGAUGUGUCUUACUUUCGAGGAGGAAUACAUUUGAGCCAACGUAGGUAUGCUACUGAUUUACUCAAGAAAGUGAAUAUGACACAAGCAAAGGCAGUUGGGACUCCAUUAGCACAAAAACAUGGAUUGCAAGAAGCUUUUGGUGAUUUAGUUGAUCCAUCAUUGUAUAGGAGUAUUGUGGGAAGUUUACAGUACUUAACACUCAAUAGACCCGACAUAACACAUGUUGUAAAUCUUGUAAGCCAGUUUAUGCAAACCACAUUUCAUUUGCAAGCUAUUAAGAGAAUUUUACGAUA